AUGGGUGCUGAGGAAAAGGUGCUGGUGACACUGUCAGGGGGGGCCCCCUGGGGCUUUCGACUACAGGGGGGAGCAGAACAGAAGAAACCCUUACAGGUGUCCAAGAUCCGGAGGCGGAGUCAGGCAGGCAGAGCUGGGCUCCGAGAGCGGGACCAGCUGGUGGCCAUCAAUGGGGUCCCGUGUACCAGCCUGUCUCAUGCCAGUGCCAUGAGCCUCAUCGAUGCCUCGGGGACUCAACUUGUCCUCACCGUGUGGCGGGUGGAGAAUGAAGGGGGGUUGAGGUCUCCAUCCCCUCAACGGGCCUUGUCACCCCUUUCUCCUCUGAGCCCUGAGCCCCCAGGCGCUCCUGUGCAGCUCCUGCAGCCCGGGAGCCUCCUGUCCCCCCCUGACAGCGAGGCCUACUACGGAGAGACGGACAGCGACCCCGAUGGCCCGACUGCGCAGGAGAAGCCCCGCCGUCCCCGCCGCCGCGGCCCCGCAAGACCCCCAGCUCCAGGGGCGCCCCCAGACGAGGUCUACCUGUCCGACAGCCCCGCCGAACCCACACCGGCUGCGCCCGGCCCUCCUGGUCAGGGUGACAGCCGGGUGAGCUCCCCAUCCUGGGAAGAAGGGGCGUCCCUGCAGCCGGCCCCCGCUGAGGCCUUGCUGUUGCCCCAUGGGCCGCUGAGGCCAGGCCCGCACCUCAUUCCUAUGGUGGGGCCCGUGUCCCACCCAGUGGCCGAAGACCUUACAACCUCUUAUUCCCAGAAGGCCAAGCAAGCCAAAUUGCAGCGAGCCGAGAGCCUCCAGGAGAAGACUGUGAAGGAAGCCAAGACCAAGUGUAGGACCAUUGCGUCCCUGCUGACGGCGGCCCCCAACCCUCACUCCAAGGGGGUGCUCAUGUUCAAGAAGCGGCGGCAGAGAGCCAAGAAGUACACCCUGGUGAGCUUCGGGGCGGCGGAGGCAGGGCCGCGCAGGGACGACGAGGAGGACUGCGUGCCCCCCACCAGCGAGUCGGAGUUGGAUGAAGAAGCCUUCUCCGACGCGCGCAGCCUCUCCAACCCGGCGGACUGGGACAGCCCUUACCUGGACAUGGAGCCUGCGGACUCCAGCCAGGGAGCAAGAGGAGGAGGAGGAGGAGACGGAGGCAGCGGCUGUGGGCAGCUGAGCGAGGCUUCGGGCCGGGGCCUGCAGCUCUUUGAGCAGCAGCGCCAGCGCACAGCCUCCAGCUCGGGCUCCCCCGAGCACCCCCAAGUCUGGGAUGGCUCGGCCACCAUCCCGGCUACCUGCAAUGGGCAGCAGGUCUUGCCGGCACCACCUCGAGCGCGGAGUGCACCCCCCGAUACCCCAGUGCUCCCCCCACCCAGCCCUAAUCUCGUGGGAAGCCCCUUCCCAGCUUCCAGCAUCUUCAACCGCUCGGCGAGGCCCUUUACCCCGGGUUUGCAAGGGCAGCAGAGGCCAGCCGCCACCUCGGUGGUGUUCCGGCCCCAGGCCCCAAAAAGGGUGAAUGAGAAUCUAGGGGACCCCGUGCAGCCCCCCUUCCUGCCCGCCACCCCCUGGCCCGUCUCCUCCCCCGGGGUCCCCGGCCCCGCGCGCGCCCCGACGGCCACCAGCUCCCUGUACAUCCCGGCCCCGAGCCGCCCCGUCACUCCAGGAGGCGCCGCCGAGCCCCCCGGGCCGCCCGGCGCCACGGCCUGGACCUCCACGUCCACCGCCCGAAUAGUCCUGUCGGCGCCCCCGCGCCCCGCCGUGGCCCCCGAGCCCGACCGAGCCCCCGAGGCCGGGCCCAGCGCCCGGGAGCAGCGCAUCUCGGUGCCCGCCGCCCGCACCGGCAUCCUGCAAGAGGCGCGGCGCCGCGGGACCCGCAAGCAGAUGUUCCGGCCGGGCCACGAGGACCCCAAGCACUCGCCCAACCCCGAGCUGCUGUCGCUGGUGCAGAACCUGGACGGGAAGGGCCGGGCCGGGGGCGCCGAGUCGGGCCCCGAGGAGGAUGCCCUGAGCCUGGGCGCCGAAGCCUGCAAUUUCUUGCAAGGCAAAAGCCCCACGGUGCCGUCUUUGGGGAGCCCCCAGGCCCCGCCGCCCGCGCCCCCCAAGACCCCGCCGCCGGUGGCCCCGAAGCCGCCGGCUCGAGCGUUCCUAGACGGGCUGGUGAACGGGGCGGCAGCGGCAGCGUCUUCGGCGGGCAUCCUGGAGACGCCGAAGCUCCAGGGUCGGGGCGCCGAGCUGUUCGCCAGGCGCCAGAGUCGGGCCGACCGUUACGUGGUGGAUGUGGCCCCAAGUUCUGGCCGUGGCCCGCGGCCCCGAAGCCCCUCUCCGACCCCGUCCUUGCCCCCUUCUUGGAAGUACUCGCCCAACAUCCGCGCUCCGCCUCCCAUUGCUUACAACCCGUUGCUUUCGCCCUUUUUCCCCCAGGCCGCCCGGACUCUCCCCAGCAAGGGUCCGACCCGGGGCGCCCCGGCGGCGGCGGCACCCAAGCCAGGCAUCAAGGCCCUUGACUUCUUGCGGCACCAGCCCUACCAACUCAAAACCGCUAUGUUCUGCUUCGACGAAGCUCCCUCUAGCCCUGGCCCCGGCAGCUCAGGUCCCCCCAAAACCGCCCGAGUCCAGGAGAUCCGCCGCUUUUCCACACCCGCGCCCCAGCCCACGGCCGAGCCUCUGGCCCCCACCGUGUUGGCCCCUCGCGCGGCCACCACCCUGGAUGAGCCCAUCUGGAGGGCGGAGCUGGCCUCGCUCCCUGCGCUGAGCCCCGACCUGCCCACAGAGGCGCCCAGGGGCAUCGGGGCUACCCCUAGCUCCUGUGCUUUCCAGGUGGCCAGGCCCAGGUUUUCUGUCACCAGAACGGGUUUGCAAGCGCAAGUGUGGAGGCCCGGGGCAGGUCACCACUAA